AUUCAGAAGACCUUUGGGACGAAAGUGUCGCUGAAUGCAGACGGCCGGACAGUGUUAGGCCCUGAAGCAGAAAUGCAGUUAAAUCCAAAUAAGGCAGAGUCAGGACCUGCUCAUGAUCAACAAGGUUGACUCACAUGGAUUGGAUGCCCUCAUUAUUCCUCUCUGGAUUCCGGCGCAUUACCUUUUGUGUAGAUCUCGCCAAGCAGCUUGUUUCAGGCCCUUGGUUGGAGAAAACCGGGAAAGAUAUUGAGGGACUUCCCCAACAGAAAUAUGGCAACGACUGUGGUAUCUUCAUGAUAAUGUAUGCCUGGUACCUUAUCAUGGAUGCACCAUUUGACUUCACCGUUGAUGACAUGGCAGCUCUGCGGAGAUGGUGGUGUGCAGUGCUGGUGGAAAACCUGCACCUGGAGGGACAUGGCAGGAGGUUUGCCCAUUUUUCCAAGGAGGCAGAAAGCAUGCUGAAUGGUCUUCUUUCACCAGUCUUUAGAGUAAAACGAAAAAGAGAGGACACAGCUGUUUCCAAUGUCCAGGAGGGGGUGACAAGCCAAGGGGAGGACAUAAAUGGAGAGGAAAUGGUAGAAGAGGCACAGGAGAAGCGGAAACAGCAGUGUUCAGUACUGAUUGACUUCUUAACAGGGAACACUAAACUAAGACAACACCUUGAGGCCAUCACCACUGGCUAUCUGCGUUUGCCGUGGGAGGGAAAAAAGGAGAGGGCCACCACCUACUUCGAUGAUGACAUGCAGCUUGAUGAAGUGGUCUCUUUUCUAUUUGGAAUCCUUAAGGACACACCAGGAGCGAGACAACUUCUAGAUCCUGUUGCCUUUGUCUUUGACGUGCUUUUGCCUGAGACAGUUAUCUACAGCCUGGAGGUGCACUCCCUGUCGGUAAGCCACUGAGAUGUACAAACAGGGCCCACAAUAUGAACCAUGUGAGUGGCACCUGUUUCAAAUCUGCCUCCAGAGGAAUCUGAGCGCGGAGGCCACCAAAAAGCUUCAGGAGUUCAAAAAAAAAAAAUUGUUUUUUUUUUCUUCUGCAGAGGGAUCAGUUCUUACACAGCAUGUGG